AGAAAUUGAGAAAAAAAGUGAGGCCAUUUCUUCAAAUGUUGAUGAUCUGUUAGAAAAUGAAAUGAAAGUUGAUUCCAGAUUAAGCAAAUCAGAACAAGAAAUUAAGUCUAUCAGUGCUUCACAACAUACUUUCAAUAAAGAAAUCAGCUCUGUUAGAACUUGUAGCAAUGACGCCCUAAUGUCUAUACAAGAUUUGACAAAGAGCGUCGAGGGUACAAAUCAACAUUAUAAUGAGAUGUCCAAUAAAAUUAAUGAGUUAGAAAUCUUAAUUAAUCUUAAGUCAACUCAGUACACAGAGCAGUUUGAAAAUAUGCGCAGUCUUAAUAAUGAUAGAGUGGACGAUUCGGUAAGUAAUGAACUUUUUUUACAUCUUGUUUUGAAAAUGUUGCAGACUUUAAUUUUAUAAAUGUAUUAAUUGAUAAAGUUUUAAACUAAUUCGAUUCAAAUUAAAUCUAUUUCUUUUCUUUGUUAUAGCUUCUUUUUUUAUAAAUAUAUAUAUAUAUAUAAAUAUAAACAUAUAUAUAUAUAUAUAUAUAUAUAUAUAUAUAUAGAGAGAGAGAGAGAGAGAGAGAGAGAGAGAGAGAGAUAUAUAUAUAUAUAUAUAUAUAUAUAUAUAUAUAUAUAUAUAUAUAUAUAUAUAUAUAUUAUUAAUUGAUAAAGUUUUAAACUAAUUCGAUUUAAAUUAAAUCUAUUUCUUUUUUUUGUUAUAUCUUUUUUUUUUAUAAAUAUAUAUAUAUAUAUAAAUAUAAACAUAUAUAUAUAUAUAUAUAUAUAUAUAUAUAGAGAGAGAGAGAGAGAGAGAGGGAGAGAGAGAGAUAGAUAUAGAUAUAAAUAGAUAUAGAUAUAUAUAAAUGUAUAUAUGUAAAUAUAUUUCACUGAACCAAAAACGGCAAAAAUACAUUUUACUAUUUUGGAAGGCAAUUUGCUGGUCGCAGAAGAAACGCUUUAAUGACAACCUAAAUUUUCACUAAAAGCAAUCAAUAAAACCAAGUUUACGUGGGAAGAAUUGGCAAAGUUUAGAACAACGUGGCAUAAAUACUCCUUACAAAAUGAAGCAAACGCAAAAUGGCAGCUGCAGAGCAAACAAUUUCAAACCAGGGAAGCUUUCGUUAACCCUGCACGUAGAGAUGACCCGUCUAAUCAUGUGUACCUUCCGAAAAGAACAUUUUGUGCCAGAAUCGGUCUCAUCAGCCCUCUGCUCGUCUAUAGACACAUCACGAUUACUUAUUUCGACGUAGCAAACUAACUUUUCUUUUCAUUACAAAUACACUCGGUUGCUUUAUUGUUUGUGCACAUUUUAACACAAUUUGCAUGUUUUUCAGAUUGGUGUGGUGUGUCAACUGGUCGCUAAAAGAUUGAAUCAAAUUGAAAACUUAAAAGAGGCUCUAAACAAAAUAUCGACCACAAAAACUCCACUAUCGUUGAAGGUAAUUUUAAAAUAUUUUGAAAUGUAAAAGUUUAAUUUGAUAGUAAACCAGCCCAGACCCCCACAAUUUCGACCGCCUUUUUUUUAUUUUUAUUUUUUUUUCUGUUGCUACCUAUUUUUCGAAUUUGCAUCAUUUCGGACUGCAAAUAAGGACUGAUAAUAUGUAAUGCGAUACAACACUUUUUUUUUAAAAAAUAAUGUCAAAAGUCUUAUUUUGUUCCCCUAUAAAGUUAUCAAUAGUGUUGAUUUCUAGAACGAGGCUCUUUAGAUUGUUUACAUAAAUUAAAUAGCCUUUAUUUUCUAUAUUGUAUAAUAUUUUAUUUUUAAAUCUCAGCUCUUUUUCUUAAUAAUUUAAAAAGUUGUGAAAUAUUUUUUUUUGAUGUUCCAUUCAAAUGACAUGCUAAAAUUCUAUGUGAGAUAUGUUCAUUUAUUUGUUAACAACCCUUAUUUAAAUACUAAAUAACAUUGUCUAGAGUUUAUGAUAAAUUUUACUCCAAAUCUUAAGUUUUUUAUAAAUUAUUUACAACUCAAGUUUAACUCGGACUCAUCAAUACGACCUACUUUCAAGACGUCUAUUCUGCUGAUGAUGAUUCAUAACAAGCCAUAGUAUUAACUUCCAUACACACAAAAUGUCAUGAACUAAAAGAAACCUUAGAACAAUUUCUUAAUAGAAUGAUCUCUUUCCAAAGCCGCGAUAACUUGACAAACAAAAUAUUUAAAACAUAAACGACACGAAUCAUUAGAAGCAUCGUGAUAUAGGAUCAAUGGAAGGCACAGGAUUAUGUUGAACUGUUGUAGACUUUGAUUGUCUGCUUUUUCCUUCGAGUAAAAAGAAUCCUUACCUACUAGUAUGUAAUUUACAUAAUAAUUACCCUUUUUUUAUCUAAAUGAAUCAUUUAUAGAUGGAUGGUAUUAAAAACCAGUGUGAGGAUUUAUCAAAUAAAAUAGUUCAAAUUGGUAAGUUAAUAUAUGUAUAUAUUUUAAAAAAAAAUAAUAAUUUACCCUGGCAAGACUAUUAACAUAAAUAAUCUACCGUUGCUUUUUGUGUUGUUUUACUUUUAAUUAUUCAAAGUAUUGAUUGCAUUAAAGUUAAAUAUUGAUUUAAUUUCAAAUAUACGGGAAUACACCGGUCCUUUUAAUAAGAUGGUAAGAAAGCAUUCUUUAUUGAUCCAAAUAAAUGGAAAUGGUUUUAACUACAUUUUAAAUAUUACUUUUCAGCACAUUAAAAAUGCAUAUUUAAACCAAGACAUUAUUUUAAAAGUAUAACAAUUUUAACACACGACAUUUAACGUAUUCUUAUUCGUAGAAAUCAGUUUUUAAAAAAACUCCAGCAGUAACAAUAAUGACCUCAUCAGUGAUCAUAUUGAUUUGGGAUACGCUGGCAGAGAACACUAGUAAAUUUCCACCGAAUGGGGAACAUAAUUUUUAUACGUAAUAUUUUAGACAUGUUUCAAUAAUAUAUAUAUAUAUAAUAUAUAUAUAUAUAUAUAUAUAUAUAUAUUCUUCAUAAUGUGGUUAUUAAAUAUUAAAAUAUAUAGCCGCUUAACAAUAAAUUUUAAAAAGGCGUAAUAUUCGUAUUUUAUUAUUUUCACAGAAUCAAAAUGUUUCCUUCCAAAUGUCGGAUUCUACGCCUGGCGUGUAUUUGAUUUCGAAGUUGGUAGUUAUAAUGUAGAAAACUUUACCAAUAGUGAUGGUAACUAUGGUUAUCACUUUGAUUCAAUAUCUGGGAUGUUCACUGCUCCAUUUAAUGGCUUGUAUUUGAUUAGUAUCAGUUCGAAACUUGAUGACGAUAACAGAAUUGACAUUACAAAGAAAAGCAGUUGCCAGGCUGUUAGCCUUCCGGGAAAAUGUUUGUGUUGUUUUCGUGGAAGCCAAACAAUUACCUUUUGUGCUGAGCUGAAAGUAGGUGAACGGGUUUCCAUACAUGUGACAAUAAGGAAGAAAGAUAUGGGAAAAUGUAUUGAAUUUUCUUGCUGUAUGAUAAAUGGAUAUACAAAAAUAUAAUGCACUUUUUUUUUAAAAAAUCGAUCUAUCAAGAACUAGUUAUACGCACACAAAAAAGUAAUUGGAGACUAAUUAAAAAAUUCUAACACAUCUGCACAGACUUUCUUUGCAUAAUGCAUUUUACGGAAUUUUAAAUUAUUUUGUCCGUUUCAGUGCAUUUUAACUCGACUUUGACAGAUUUUUUCCCUCCACAUUUUAGUGUUACAAUUCAAUGAAUUCCAUCCCUUAAAUUGUCGAAAAAAAAUAAUUAUUUACUUUUAAACCUCGAAUGUUUUAAAAGUCCAUGUUCAAUGUUUAACAAGUCAUAAAAGUAGAUCUGAACACAUCCACCCACGGCCCCUUUCACUCAGCGAAGCAGACGCGUGUCAGCCAUAAUAGUAUUGAGCGACAGGUUCAUCACGCCUCCGUCAUCCACCUGUUUUACCAGGUGGACACAGCCCGAGAAAUCUUACAAUGUCACGUGUGUCACAUACAGAUAACGCUCCACCCACACACAAGAUGGAAAUGCGAGUAAAAAGAACGUUUAUAAUAAACAGAAAAUAUAUGUGUCACAGAUCAAAUAUUGAGAUAAUAAUUUUCUUUCGGAUGAAGUACUGUUUUUGUAUUUAGGAUUAACAGAAAGUGAAUUAGAGAAUAUAUGCCAUGCCCAGACGUUACAAGAGGAAGUGUCAUGGACGUAAGAUUGAGAUAAGAUAGACGAUAGGCGCUCGCCAUACAUCUCAUCGCAUCGUGUUACUUAUUCCAUAGAUAUGUGUGAAAUUUAUAUGUGAAAUGAUAAGACACUAUCCAUUAUGUUUCCUCCAAUUUUUAUAUGUUUUUAAUACAGUAC